CGCCGUGGCCGGGCUGCGCGGCGGCUGUGCUCUCCGAGUGGUGGAGGACGCCGUCGUCGCCAAACGCCGAGCGGAUUGUGGUGCGAUAAUUGCAAAUGGAUAUUCAGAUGAUUCCUUCUACAGUUGAGGACUUGGAGUCCAUGGUCAUCGAUGAAAGUGCAGAACCGAAGGCACUACCAUUAUCACUUUUGGAUGAAAUCACAUGUGGUUUCUCUGAAAAGCAGGAAAUUGGCCGCGGUGGAUUUGCGGUAGUUUAUGAGGGAAGCCUUCUGAAUGUGACGGUGGCGGUGAAGAAGUUGACCAACCUGCAUAUGCGUGAUGCGCCUGAGGUGGAGUACAACCGAGAGGUUGAAUGCUUGAUGAGGGUGAAGCACAAAAAUAUAGUGCGAUUUCUUGGAUAUUGUGCUGACACACAAGGGAGUAUUGCAAGGUUUAAUGAAAGAAUAGUCAUGGCAGAUGUACAAAACCGUUUGCUCUGUUUCGAGUAUGUACCAAAUAGAAGCCUCCGUGAUUAUAUAACCGAUGCAUCUCAUGGACUCGAAUGGAGAAGGCGUUACCUAAUAAUUAAAGGGGUUUGUGACGGUUUAAAUUAUCUACAUGAAAAUAAUAUUGUUCACCUGGAUCUUAAGCCGGAGAACAUACUGAUGGAUGAAAAUAUGAAUCCAAAAAUAACCGACUUUGGACUUUCAAGGUGUUUUGAUGUAGAUCAAAGCAAGGCUCCAGCUACAAAAGUAGUUGGAACAAUGGGAUACAUGCCACCGGAGUUCUACAGCAGCCGCGUGAUCACACGCACACAUGACAUAUAUAGUCUCGGUAUAAUUAUCAGCGAGAUACUAACUGGCGAGAAGGGGUAUCAUCAAACGGAGGAUGUAGUUGAUAGUUGGAGGAAAAGGUUGGAGGUAUCAAACGAAGCUUGCGUGUUGGAACAGAUACGGUUGUGCGCUAACAUAGGGAUAGAGUGCACCGAAUAUAACCCAGCGAAGAGACCAUGUAGUGUACAAGAUAUAAUAGACAGGCUUGAGGAAACGGAAAGUGCGGACGAGUCAUCAGCCGAACAGAUGAGUUCACCCAUGCCCACUGUGCGCGGGUUGCUGCAUGUCCCUCAGGACCAGCUUCGCUUCCCCUUGUUCGAUCCAGACAAGGAUGUCUUCUCCCCAAUGCGCCUAACUAACAAUACAAAUGAUCAUAUUGCCUUUAGGUGUUUUCCAAAAUUCCCGGGGAGUUUCAUCGGCAAACUCUCGAAGCUUUCUGGCAUUGUGCCUCCAAGGUCCACUCGCACUUUCCUUGUAUGGAUGGAAAAGCAGCCGCCAGAGAACAUAGAAAAAAUUGACAUGGUCCUAGAGAGUUGUGUAGCGCACAAGGCCAUAGAGAACAUGGAGGACAACUUUUUGCAGGAAAUCAGAGAACAAGUUGGAGGUAAGGUGCAUCAGGUACCUCUAGUGGCAGUUUGCAACCCAGCGGGAGAGACGAUCCAGUCACAAAUAAAGAUCAUAUGCCGCAUGGAUUUCUUGGUUGCAAUGGAUGUACACCCUACAGAACCAUGGGUUUUGGUGGGUCAGUACGAUGGGCUUGUCUCCAUAUGGAACUAUGAAACCCAGAAAAAACUGACGGAGGUGAAGAUCGUUGAAGGUCCCCUUGUUCGUUCGUCCAUAUUCAUAGCGCGAGAGGACUGGAUUGUGGCCGGUGAUGGUCAUGGGGUCAUCCACGUGCGAUCGUGCAAGACACUGGGGUUGGAGGAGGUCAAGAAAUUCAAAGCUCACGAUGGUUGGAUCCAAGCACUGGCGGUUCACCCCAGCCUCCCACUUAUGGUGUCAGGAGGAUGCUAUGAAGGCUUGGUCAAGCUUUGGGACUGGGGGAAAGACUGGACGUGCCUUCGAACGUUCAAAGCGCACAGAGACAAAGUUGAGGCACUCCAGUUUAACCCACAGAAUGAUACCCCUGACUGCGUCACUUUUGCCAGUGGCGCCCCGGAUGGCAAAGCAAUGAUCUGGGAUAUCAAAUUAACCCCUCCAAUCGCCAUGUUAGACUGCCAGAUGGAACAAGUGAUGGAUCUCGAUUAUUUCCUUCCGGGUGGUAAUGAGCAAUACAUUAUUACAGGAUGUAUAGCUGGGAAUACUCGGAUCUGGGAUUUGCGGACACACAAAUGUGUUCGAGUAAUCAAAGGAACCAGCAUAGGUUCUGCCGGCUGCCGUGCUCGUGUGGUAUAUCGUCACCCGGACCCUCAACUGCUGAUUAGAACUUUCCAGGACGAGAGCCUUGGUUUGUGCAACACCACUACCUUUAGGUAUGCAGAAUCAAUUAAUUUUGGACUGGAGAAGUGUCGGAAUAUAGUAUAUGUUAAGAGCAUAAGAAGUGUUGUGAUUGGAUUUACAAAGGGGCUGGCAAUCUUGGAAAUCAACUAAAUUUCCAUGUUGGGGCAAAGAGGAUGGGAGUAUCGAACUGCAAGUGGAAACAACUGAUAUCUACUCACUUGCUUCAUAAACUAUUGUCUUCAAUAAUUUCAAACCUUUCUAUCACGUUGGUUGAUGCUGAACAGUUGGUGAUGCUUUUGGUACAAUUCAGACUGAUGUAAUGCACAUAUGAAACCUUUCUGUCAUGUUGUUGAUGUACUGCUGGCAUUGUUGCUAUGCUGAUAUCGUGUUUUUAGGACGAUGAAGAUGUUGUGUUCUUAUAUAUGGCGCUAUCAACAUGGAUAUGAUGUUGUUAUGAUUGAUAUGAUGCUAUGAAAAUUGAUGA